AUGGAUUACGAAGAGGACUUGAAUGCCCCAGUUUGGGAUGAGUUAGGUGAUAAAAAGGAAGAACCUCAGAAUGAGCUCAGUAACAGUUUUAACAACUUGUCAACUGGCGACAAUGCAAUACAAGCAGAUGAGGCUAUUGUAGCUUCAGAGGAUGUUGGAGUGGUUCUGGCGGAUGGAAAGAUAGAGUGGCGAUCUGAAGAUUACGGAACACCUCUGAAGGAGAGUCUUUUAGAACAGUUGGCACCUCAGGAAGGUACUCUUAGCGAGUUCCAGGUUGCUAAAGGUGAACCUGAGAUUGCUUCACCGACGAAGGACGAGCCUCUAUUCUCGGGAAGCACAUAUUUACCGUUAGUUGGAGAUGAAGAAGUGAAUUCAGUGAAUGCCGAUCCGAAUACCACAGCCACAACCAACGGUAAUAGAUCUAGCGGGAAGCCGCAAGUGUUAUUCAAGUCAGCAAGAAUUCGUCGUCGUCCGUUGAGUAAUUCUGAGCUAACCGGGCAAAAGAUUACGCAAGCUAAGAUUGCUGAUCCACUGGGAGAAAUCAAGAAAGAGGAAGAGUUUGUCGACGAGUCGCUUGAAGAGCAAGAACCACACGAAAGAAGAACAUCAAGGAGUAACACUAUUCUAGAACAGGUGAAUGAACCACUUUUCAAACUAUCGCCCAAAAAAUCAGGCAACGUUAGGUCAAAUGAUGUCGAAGAGGUAGCUGCCACUGAUGAACAAAGCAAUGGAAAAAUUUCGGAAACAGACAAAAAGCUAAUCAAAUUUAAUAUCGAAGUGACAGAUCCAGUCAAGGUCGGGGAGCUGACGUCUGCGCACGUUGAAUACACCGUAGUAGCAGAGUCUGACUUGAUAGAAGGCAAAAUUGCAAGGGUCAAUAGACGCUACACUGAUUUCAGGUGGCUUUAUCGUCAACUCCAAAGUAAUCAUUGGGGUAUGAUCAUACCUCCGCCACCUGAGAAACAGACAGUAGGUAGAUUCAAACAGGAUUUCAUUGAAAACAGAAGGUUCCAAAUGGAAAGGAUGCUGAGCCGAAUUGCCAAUACUUUCGAAUUGCAAGAUGAUCAGGAUUUUAUAAUGUUCUUGACAAGUUCAACGUUCUCGCAAACUGCUAAGAAAAGGGAACAAGCCACAGGAUCGGCCGCGUCAAAUGAUAACAACGACCUAUCCGAGAUACAUAUCAGUGAGAUUGAAUUGUUGGGUGCUGAAGAUGCUGCAGCCGUCAUCAAGAAUGGAGGAAUUGAUGGCGAGUCACAGAAAAGAUUUAUGAGCCUUUCUUUCUCUUCUCUACCCAAAUACUCCGAGGCAGAUGAGUUCUUCGGCGAGCAGUCUCAGAAUGCAGAGAUCCUAGAUGAGAAGCUAAGGCAACUCGAUAAAUCUCUGGAGUUAGUGGAUUCCGAGAGGAACGAAUUGGCUUCUGUUACUGAAGAAUUUUCCAAGACCAUCGAAUCACUCGCAGCUCUGGAGGUCACAAAGAAGAGCUCAGACCUGCUUACUAGCUUCGCAGAAACUCAUAGGAGAAUUAAGGAGUCGCUUGAAAGAGGCUCGUUGCAGGAGGCACUCACUUUGGGGGCUACACUAGAUGAGUAUAUUCGUCUAUUAGCAAGUUUGAAGGCGAUAUUCAAUCAGAGAGCCAAAUUAGGUCAAUAUCUGGUGAUAGUUGAGAGCGAAUUGACCAAAAAACACGUUCAAUGGGAUAAGCUACAAAAUAGCUCGAACCAAGGUAAUAACGAUAAAGCAAGUAGUACAAGAAAUGAAGUCGCUAUUUUACAAAGACGUUUUGACCUGAUCAAGAAGAGCUGGCAAGAGGUAGGUUAUCAGAUCAAGAAACAGGUAACUUUGUUCGAAACAGAAAAAAUCAAAGAUUUCAGGAAUAGUAUGGAAAUAUAUUUAGAAUCGGCGAUAGAAGCCCAAAAGGAAGCUAUAGAGCUGUGGGAGACCUUCUAUCAAAUUAACUUGUAA